AAAGUGUUUCUCUCCGCCUCGGUGGAGAUUUACGCAAUCGCAUUGUGCCUGCCAACUAACAAAACCACUCUUUCUCUGUCUUUCUCUCUCUGUUUAUUUCUAUUCUUUAUUUCUACGCAAUCAUUCCUUGUUUUGAUAACACCCUUUCGCCUCUUAACUUUUCUGCUCCAAAUUUUGGAUUCAUCUUUCUUUAUAUUUUUUCUUUGUUUUUUUUUUUAAUAUUGUAUUUUGCGCAUUCGUUCUUAAGCUUUGUCAUUUCCAAAAGGCAAGAAAAACGGUGCAAAGGAAAGACUACCACCGGUUUGCGGAGAUUCGAUCCCAAACAAAACACACCAAAACCUAUUCUCCCUCAAAUUAGGGUUUCCCCCUUCUUCUUUUUUUUUUCUUCCUCUGAUUGCAAUUCCAUCAUGGGCAACAUCUCUAGCAGCGGCGGUAACAACCGUCGCCGACACGGUGGCGGUUCCAGGCGGAGUCAUCCGCCGCCCCCUCCGCCGGUGACGCCGCAGCCCGAAAUCACGGCCAAUCCAUUUGUGUACACCGGCGCUGCACCGUACCCGAACCCUGCACUGCAUUACCCACAAUACCCUUACCCAGGUUACUAUCCCUCGAUGCCUCUGCCCCAUCAUCCUCACCAUCAUCAUCAUCAUCAUCCACAUCCACAUCCACACAUGGACCCAGCGUGGCGUUGCCCUUGUGGACCUGCCAUGCCUUCGCCUGCACCCUUUGUUGAGCAUCAAAAGGCCGUUACCAUAAGGAACGAUGUCAAUAUCAAGAAGGAGACCCUUAGGGUUGAACCUGAUGAGGAAAACCCUGGUCACUUCCUUGUGUCAUUUACAUUUGAUGCCAUGGUUUCUGGGAGCAUCACCAUAUUUUUCUUUGCAAAAGAAGUUGAAGGCUGCAACCUCGCACCAAUGAAGGAAAAUCAUCUUCCACCUGUGAGUGUGGAUUUCCAGCAAGGUCUUGGCCAGAAGUUUAGACAGCCAGCUGGAACUGGUAUUAAUUUUUCAAUGUUUGACGAGUCAGAGUUAUUGAAAGUGGGUGACAUGGAUGUUUACCCUCUAGCAGUGAAGGCAGAUGCUUCCUCUGGUAAUCAGGAUGGAUCAAGUGAAACCUCAACAUCUAGUAACACAAACUCUCAGAUAACCCAAGCGGUGUUUGAGAAGGACAAAGGAGAAUUCCGGGUGAAAGUUGUUAAGCAGAUCUUGUGGGUAAAUGGAAUGAGGUAUGAGCUGCACGAAAUAUAUGGUAUUGGAAAUUCAGUGGAGAGUGGCUUGGAUGAGAAUGACCAAGGAAAAGAGUGCGUCAUCUGCUUGUCGGAGCCUCGUGAUACAAUUGUCUACCCCUGCCGACAUAUGUGCAUGUGUAGCGGAUGUGCAAAGGUUUUGAGGUUUCAGACAAACAAAUGCCCAAUUUGCAGACAACCAGUUGAGAGACUUUGGGAGAUAAAGGUAGGGUCUGAGGAGUGAAGAAGAUAAAUUGUUGGUUCGUCAAGCUUCCUGUACAGCCCAACUGUUAUACUUCAAUACUUCUCCCUGUUUCCUUCUUCUUAUCAUGGUUUCCCCUCCCUUUUCUGUUUUUCCAAUAAUCAGAAAAACAAGGAAGGAAAAUGGAAUUUGUAUAUGACAUGCGGUAUAACAUGAACAACAGGCUGGCAUUGCACAUGGCUUGUGCAAGACAAUGCCUCCAACGAGCUUGUUUGUCUUUGCUUCUAAAUGGCUUCCCUUAUAAAUAUACUUAAUUAUGUAUGUUUCUAUU